UUUGUCUUUUAAUAUUUUAUGCUAUCUUUUAUCUUUACUGUUGAGCAUUUAUCCAUGAAUGUAUUUUAUUGAUUGAAGAAUUAAAUAUUCCUAAUUUCAGUAUAUGGCAAAUCUUUUAAGGGGUCCAACCAUGGGAGGUAAAAAUGUCAUAAUUCAAAACCAAGACACAAAUGAUGAAAGCUCAUCUUCAAAUCAAGAUGUCAGUAAUUCUCAAGAAAUUGUUUCAAACAUAGAAGUAAAGCUUCAAAAUUGGUCACUUCCAAAGAUCAAAUCAAACCAAGUUUAUAAAACUUCAAUCUUCGAAUUGAAGCGUGAUUACAGCAUCAACACAGUGGAAAAACAUGUUGAAGUCCAAUAUUCAUAUGAGAGCAUUGCCAUUAUGAAUUCCGACUUAGUUGCUCAACAUAGGAGAAACUAUUAUUAUUUGCACUUUGGAUUAAUUCAAGUAGCUGUGAAACCUCUAUCUAGAUUAAGGUUGAACUUCCCUGUCUUAAUCUGCUUAAGAGACAAAAGACACACAAAUUUUCAUGACUCUGUCAUAGCAGUUCUUGAAUCUAAUCUUCAAAAUGGACCAGCAUAUUUCAAUUGUUAUCCCAAUUAUGAAAUAUCUCUCGGAGAUCCUUGGUCUGCAAGAUGUUUAGACUUAGAUAUAAAAAUUCCAAGUGAAAAUUUUGUAGACAGAACUUUACCCAUUAGUGUUACGUACAGAUUUUGUUAUAAAGUCAGUAACAAAAUCUUUGGUACGAAGGCUUUAAAACAAUCUCCAGUGAAUGAAACUGUAAUAAUGGAAGUCAAUGCUCAGAACUCUUCAAUAAUAACCGGGAAAAGACUCAAACAUGAUCAAAUAACAUUCCCAGAAGAAUGGCUGCAAAAUCGUACUUCACCACCUGAGCCACGAACAUCAAGGAAAAUUGGAGGGAUAAUUCAAACUCAAUCUGGACAAGUAAUUAUUCAGAUGCAAUCAUCAAGAUUGGACAGAACAUCUGAAUCAAGUUCAUCUACUUCUUUGAGAAGAUGGGAGGAUUCAAACGUGGAUGUUGAACCAAACAUUCCCAGAUCAAUCUCUCAAAAAGUUGAUCCAAACAAAACUUGCAUGGAUCUUGGGUGAAUGCUCAACAAAAAUUUAGCACUAGCAUAAGAAAAUUUUCUAGUGCUAUGUAUCACAGAUUUCAAAAUUUGAUAAAUCAAAAGUUUUUACUUCAAAUUGCUUUUGAAGUUGCAAAAGAUGAUCUUAAUUUUUUUAUUUUUAUGUAAAAAAGGGUGUACUUCAAAUUCCCCCUUCCCCCCUUCUUUCCUCAAAAAUCCUUGACCUUCAAAAAAGUCACAAAAUCUCUUCUCUUCAAAAAUCCUUGUCAAUCUUUGACUCUUCAAACCAAAAGUUCAAAAAGUUACUAUGUAACUAAAAAUCAUUUUCUUCCAAUCCAUUCAACUGAAAGCAAUACGAAGGAAAAUCUCCUUAGGGGGCGUUUGGUACACGGCAUUUGGCCGGAUUCCCGGGAAACUGAAUUUUUCUAAAUUUUAAAUUUUCGGAUAUUAUGAUAAACUGAAUGUAAAAAUCAUAUUUUUGAAAAUUGAAAUUUCCGGACAAAUAAAAAUUUCUCCUGUACCAAACGCCCCCUUACGAAAUUGCUGAAAGUAUCCUGCCCCAAACUUCAAAUCAAAGCUGGCCCUUUCCUCAAGAAAAGAGACUCUGAAUUCAUUAUUGUUGAUUGAUUCUGGUUUUGUAAAAGUUGUCCUGAGCAAAAGAGUUGUAAAGCGCAUAUCCUUGCUAUCAAUCCCAAAAACUCAAAAUCUUCUAAGUAUUUCAGGCUGGGAACAAAACACCAAUCUUCUCAGUAUUGGUGUCAAUCUUGAUCAAUCAUCGUGUAAUCACUUUGAUUAUCAAAAAACAUGAUACAGUUUCCAAUGCUGUCAAUAUUUAUGUUCAAUCCUGGUUCAUUUGGACUCGUGAAGAUUAUUCCAAAAAUAUUCUAAACAGGUUCCACAAAUAGUUCCAGAUUGUUCAAGAUUGGGUUCAAUCUUGGUUCAUUUGGUAUGUUCAAGAUUGUCCCAAGAAUCAUCUAAACUGGUUCCACAAACAGUUCCAGAUUUGUUCAAACUUGGCUACCCAAAAGCCCCAAGAAAUUUUCAAUUGCCAUUUUUUGGCAUCAAGAUCUGAAAAUGCAGUAAAAUCUUGCAGCAGUUUCAGAUCCACAUGAUUUCAUCAAGAUAAAUACUCAAGGAAGCUUCAAUUCGCCUGAAGCUCAAAAGCAUAGGGAGGAGGAGAUUCUGAAAAAGCAUCAUCAGGAUAUACUCCACCUAUUCAAGA